AUGGAGGUCCACCUGGUGGAGUCCUGGCAGCAGAUCUGUCCCACAUGUCUACGCCCUGAAGGAGGACUCCCCGGCUCUGACCCUGACCCUCUGCAGGACUCGGUCCCCGUCAGGAGUCCUCCCCACAGAUGUUUCCUCCGGUCCACUCACAGCUUCUCCACUUCAAAGCUUCGCCUCGCUCGGAUUUUAUUUGCAUUUUGCCGCCAAUUAAAGCCGAGGUCGAGUUUGUUUACAUCUGCUGCUCUGACCGAGCUUUCCCCCGCCUGAGAGAGACAUGCAACGCCACGCACACAUCAACCCCAGAAACACCGUUGAAGGUUCGCCUUCCUGCGGCGAGAGCGAGGUCACGCUCUGACAUUCAGAAACGACAGAAGCACCGACGACGCCGCGGCGGCGCGGGCGAAGAGAGGGCGGAAAUAUGAGACACGAUUAUCACCUCAGUGUGACAUCGAAGUGAACCAACAUCUGCAGCAAGACUACAGCCAGACCCAAGAACCCGAGCAGAACCCGAGCAGAACCAGACCCAAGAACACCAGCAGAACCAGGGCAGAACCAGACUGAAGAACACCAGCAGAACCAGACCCAAGAACACCAGCAGAACCCGAGCAGAACCCGAGCAGAACCAGACCCAAGAACACCAGCAGAACCCGAGCAGAACCAGACCCAAGAACACCAGCAGAACCCGGGCAGAACCAGACCCAAGAACACCAGCAGAACCAGACCCAAGAACACCAGCAGAACCCGAGCAGAACCCGAGCAGAACCAGACCCAAGAACACCAGCAGAACCCGAGCAGAACCAGACCCAAGAACCUGAGCAGAACCAGACCCAAGAACACCAGCAGAACCAGACCCAAGAACACCAGCAGAACCCGGGCAGAAACAGACCCAAGAACCUGAGCAGAACCAGACCCAAGAACACCAGCAGAACCAGACCCAAGAACACCAGCAGAACCCGGGCAGAACCAGACCAAAGAACCUGAGCAGAACUAGACCCAAGAACACCAGCAGAACCAGACCAAAGAACCCGAGCAGAACCAGACCCAAGAACACCAGCAGAACCAGACUGAAGAACCCGAGCAGAACCAGACCCAAGAACCCGAGCAGAACCAGACUGAAGAACCCGAGCAGAAUCAGACCCAAGAACACCAGCAGAACCAGACUGAAGAACCUGAGCAGAACCAGACCCAAAAGCAGGGCAGAACCCGGGAAGAACCAGACCCAAGAACACCAGCAGAACCAGACUGAAGAACCUGAGCAGAACCAGACCCAAGAACACCAGCAGAACCAGACUGAAGAACCCGGGCAGAACCAGACUGAAGAACCUGAGCAGAACCAGACCCAAGAACACCAGCAGAACCAGACUGAAGAACCCGGGCAGAACCAGACUGAAGAACCUGAGCAGAACCAGACCCAAGAACACCAGCAGAACCAGACUGAAGAACCUGAGCAGAACCAGACCCAAGAACACCAGCAGAACCAGACUGAAGAACCUGAGCAGAACCAGACCAAAGAACCCGAGCAGAACCAGACCCAAGAACCCGAGCACAACCAGACUGAAGAACCCGAGCAGAACCAGACUGAAGAACCCGGGCAGAACCAGACUGAAGAACCCGAACAGAACCCCUCAGAGCCGCUCUCUGAGAUUAUAGCGAGUUGA